UCGGCCGGCGGUUGUCACAAAUGUACCCGCCGAAACUUGGGUCUUCAACUAGAUUGGCUCUGUUUGAUGAACAAGAGAGAGUUUCCGUUAGAUUCACUUCAAAUUUUUGUACUAAAUUUCAUUAUAGAAGAUCUUCAUAACAAAAACCACAAAGUCGGUUGAAACCCAUCUCCUAUCCCAUGUCGAAUCAGGCGAUAGCCACGAACAUUGCGAAGCUAAUUCUGAAAUCUGGCCUUCAACCCUUCAAAACGACCCCAUCGCUGCUUUCAAAACUUGAUUCGCGGGUAACACAAUCGAUUUUAUCUGAUCCAAAUGUUCCUACUAAGUCCUGUUUGAGGUUCUUCAACUUUCUCCGACGCAACCCAUCUUGUAAACCCGAUCUUCCGGCACAUUUAAUCCUCGUCUGUAGGUUGUAUCGAGCUCGCAAGUUCGCGGAAAUGAAAAAUGUGUUGAAAUUCAUCGUUAAUGGUGGAAAUCUUUGGAGCAAUGUUGAGCGGAUCGUUUCUUCGAUUGGAGGUGAGUUUAAUGAGCCGAAAUUUGUUGAAAAUUUUUGUGAUAUGUUGUUUAGAGUAUACAUGGAUAAAAGAAUGUUUGAUUCGUCUUUGGAGGUUUUUGAUUAUGCGAGAAAGAACGGGUUUGAGAUUGAGGAGAGAUCAUGUUUUGAGUUUUUACUUGCUUUGAAGAGAUCUGGUAAUAUGGAAUUAUGUGUAGAAUUCUUGCGCCAAAUAGUCGAUUCGGGCAUAGAAAUACGUGUUUCUUCGUGGACGGCUGUGGUUGAUGGGCUGUGUAAGAAAGGGGAGGUUGUAAGGGCUAAAGCUUUGGUGGAUGAACUUGUCUGUAAAGGAUUUAAGCCCAAUGUUAUCACAUAUAAUACUCUUUUAAAUGGUUAUAUUGAAAUUAAGGAUGAGGGAGGUGUUAAUGAGAUUCUUAGUUUGAUGGAGAAGGAUGUUGUGGAUUAUAAUGUAGCAACAUAUACAAUGUUGAUUGAAUGGUAUUCAAGAAUUUCGAAAAUUGAGGAAUCAGAGAAGCUGUUUGAUGAAAUGCUAAAGAAAGGAAUAGAGCCUGAUGUGUAUGUUUACACCUCCCUUAUCAAUUGGAAUUGUAAAUUUGGGAACAUGAAGAGGGCCUUUGUUCUGUUUGAUGAAAUGACUGAGAGAAGGCUUGUUCCAAAUGCAUUCACUUAUGGUGCCCUUGUAAAUGGUGCCUGCAAGGCAGGGCAGAUGGAGGCAGCUGAGAUGAUGGUAAAUGACAUGCAAAGCAAAGGGGUUGAUGUAAAUCAAGUGAUAUUCAAUACAUUGAUAGAUGGGUACUGCAAAAAAGGAAUGAUUGACGAAGCUCUAAGGCUGCAGAAUAUCAUGCAGCAAAAAGGAUUUGAGAUUGAUGUGUUUACUUGUAACAUAAUUGCCAGUGGUUUUUGUAGAUUGGAUCGGCGAGAGGAAGCAAGGAGACUAUUGCUUACAAUGGAAGAAAGAGGAGUGGCUCCAGAUGUAGUGAGCUUCAGUAUUUUGAUUGACAUUUACGGCAAAGAAGAAAAUUUUGCAGAAGCAAAAAGGCUGUUGAAGGAGAUGGAGAAGAAGGGGGAGGUACCUAGUGUUGUUACGUACAAUACUUUUAUUCAAAGAUAUUGCAAGAAGGGAAAGAUGGAGGAGGCAUACAAACUGAUAGAUGAGAUGAAAGAAAGGGGGUUAAUGCCAGACACAUAUACAUAUACAUCACUUAUGAAUUGGGAAUGUGCUAGUGGGAAUGUGGAUAGAGCGCUUGAACUAUUCAAUGAAAUGCCACAACGAGGACUAAAUCGAAAUGAAGUAACUUACACGGUAAUGAUCUCUGGGUUGUCCAAGGCUGGUAGAGCUGAUGAAGCUUUUAAAUUAUACGAUGAAAUGAACACACAAGGCAUUAUACCUGAUGAUAGAAUAUUUUCUUCCUUGAUCGCCAGCCUUCAUGAGGCAGGAUUUUAGUUUCGGUGUCAUCAACUGCAUUGAAACUUGACCAGACUGGGUGUAACGAGCUACAACUUUUUAAAGUUUGAAUGUCUUUGAACUAAGAAUUGCUGACGAAAAGUUGUGAUGCUAUUUUAAGAGAGUGCAAAAACUUCAAGGAUAGCGGGUAGGAAGUUUAAUAAAGCCCAUAAUGCAUUAUAUUUGCCUCUUCAAGGAUCCAAUAUGGCGAUUUCUCUUGAGAAGACUGGCGUUUAUGAGCUAUUCAAAUGCAAUGAGACAAUCCCAAGACGUUCAAAGACGCCCUACAGAAAACCGAGGUGGGGGCGCUAUACCCAUUUCAUCUAUAGUGUGUAGGGGUGGGCGAAAGAAACCAUUCAUUCAAACAAGACCACCCUACUACCAAAACGACUCGAAUUGAUGAACAAAACAAGAUCAUUUUGUUCCAUUUUUAGUACAAUUAUGAAUGAAAAGUGAUGUCAAUUUUUUAAUACCAUCAGCUAGGGAAAACGUCAACAUGGGAACGCUGUAUUAUUCUGCUGUAAAACUGUAAUAAUGGAAAACGGUCUCCAAUGAUGAUAGACAAAUCCAUUUGUUUCCA